UCCCGGAAUAUUUCCCCUCUAUUUUAUUGAUUUAUCUUGCUGUGACAACCGUGUGAACUUCUCCUCACAGCAUAACGUCAAUUUUCCUGGAUUCCGUGGCAGUUGUGUGUGAUUCCUUUGUGAUUUAGCUCACUGUCCUUCCUCCAUUGUGCAGGAAAUCCAGAAUGAGUGAGCAUGAUUUGGCUAUAUGGUGCAAUUUUUCUGGCUGUCGGAAGUAACUUGCAAGUGACACACGCAAAAAGGGGUCCCCAUCAUCCGCGAGGUGAGAGGGGUGCCUAUACAAAAGAGAAAUUGGAUAUACACCUGACACACAACGAUGAGCAUAUAAAAGAAGAUCUGAAGGCGAUUAACCUACAACACAAACAGGUGGAACAUAUGUCUCUGGAGGAGAAACAAUUUUAUCAGUUCAAAUUGCAUGACGAUGACAAUAACGACAUGCUGGAUGGAUUGGAAAUCCUCCAUAGUGCCAAUCAGCAUGAAAACACUUUCCAUAGGAUCGACAGAGACAAGUAUUACGAUGCCACUGAAUAUGAAUUACAGCAUAUAGUUGAUAUAAUUGACACCUUCAUGAAAGAGGCCGACCUGGACGAUGAUGGCUUUAUAAACUAUCAGGAAUACUCAUCAGCUCUGAACAGAGUGGAACUGGAUGUUAAUCCUGAACAACCUUUAUUGGAUGACCACUAAGUGUCUCACUCACUACCUUAUCAACGUGUUACAGAGUUUAUAUAAAAUAAUCUAUUAUAUCUUUAUAAACUAAGUGUCUAAUUAUGGAGUAUUUCAUUUGGCGGACGGAUUGAUGCUCAGCCACGAUGAACAUGGAUAGACCAUUUCGCAAGGUACAUUCUCGAUUCCCUCCAUGGCAGCCCUCUCAAGUCCUUUGAGUAUGUGAUUGUAGUGAAAAUCAUGCUUCAGAUCUCUUAAAUAUAUGUUUGACAGAAAAAAAA